UCUCCCAACUAUAGGUACAGAUUAAAAAUGUGACUAAGAAAUAAAAGACAAUGUUGCUAGUAUUAUUUUUAGUGUUGCCAUUGUGUGUGAGUGGAAUAUUCUAUGACUCGUAUUAUGGUACACCAUUGACUGAUGAAGAGCUGAAACAACAUGUGAAGGCUAACACGACAUUUUGGUGCACUAACGAUAUAGAACCUUGCAAUGAGACUGAAGGAAGGCGUAUCGAUGGCUCAUGCAAUAAUUUGAAACAUCCAACUAGAGGCGCUCCUCAUACACCGUUUUACAGGGUUUUGCCUGCUAUUUUUGAUGAAGAUUUUGAGCCCCGGAAAUCCGAAUCCGGUGAUAGUUUACCGCUCAGCAGGUAUCUCCGAACAAGUCUCCUCUCAGAAGGAUCUGUACCUGAUCAGACCUUUACUCAGCUACUCACCCAAUUUCUGGUGUUCAUGGCUUCCGAUGUCAGUGGGCCACAUGAUACUGUAAACUACGUUCACUGGCGAACCUACUGCUGCCUGCCUCGGGGCAAGAAGGACCGCAUGUGUACACCAAACAUAGUCCCAAACGAUGACCCUGUCCAUCGGUUCUCCGACAUCAGAUGCCUGAACAUGACCAGACCUAUCUCAUUCCAGUCAGCUGGUUGUGUCAGAAAUGAUACUACUCCUGAAAGGCUAGACACCGCCACACCCUUGCUAGACCUUUCAACGAUAUACGGCAAAGAUCUAGAUACUUUGAACAAAAAAGGAAGACUAUUUCGAGGCGGAUUGUUGAAGUAUGAAGAAGUAGAUGGCAGAAUUUGGCCACCGAGAGUCAAAUCAAACAAAAACCUCUGUUUUGGAAAUCAGAUACCUUCUGAGACGAGAUGUCAUUCUACACCCGACGAUUCAACAAAUUCCUUAGUUGGAAUCAACCUUGUGGCCAUAUGGUUUUGGAGACAACACAACUUCAUAGCAACGGAGUUGGGAGAGAUUAAUCCUUGCUGGGAUGAUGAUAGACUCUUCAACACUGCCAGAGAUAUCAACAUUGCUAUGGCACUGCAGAUUUACUACUAUGAACUUCUUUCGACUUUAAUGGGUAAAGAAAAUCUUAUCAGAGAUGGAUUGAUUUCAACCAAACCAGGUUUUAGGGAUAUGUAUAAUGAAAACGUAGUCCCUCAACUGAGUUUGGAAUACCCUUUUGUGAUGCGAUGGGUUCAUACAAUCCAAGAGGGUACUGCAAAGAUGUACGACACUAACGGGAUUUACAUGAAGAAGAUACCGGUAACCAACCUCACGCUAAGGACAGGAUACUUGGCUGUUGACAAUAAUAUUGACUAUCUGACCCAAGGAAGUUUCAGACAACCGACUGCUAAAUUCGACUAUAUUGUGGAUCCAGAAGUUUCAGAAUCCGGCCUAGUCAAUUUCCAAAGAGCAUUUGAUGUCACGACGAAUGAUUUGGCAAAAUGUCGAUAUUUUGGCUUUCAACCGUAUGUACGAUACAGGGAAAGAUGUUUUGGAGGUGCUUACAGGAAGUUUGAAGAUCUCGCUGAUGCUAUUGAUCAAGAGAGAAUAGAAAGACUCAAAGAUGUAUACGAGCACAUUGAAGACAUUGAUCUCCUUGCUGGGAUUUGGCUUGAGAAACCUUUAAAGGAUGGUUACGUUCCACCAACUUUCUACUGUCUGGUGGUAGACAACCUUCUACAUAAUAUGGUGUCUGAUAGACACUGGUACGAAAGACCAAAUAGACCAAAUGCUUUUACGCUACAACAACUUUUGGAAGUAAGAAAAGUAACAAUGGCGCAUAUUUUGUGUAACGUUGGGGAUGCUGUGACGCGCAUACAACAGAAUGCGUUCAAAAGACCUUCUCCGGAAAACAUGAUUGGUAGCUGUCAAGAACUUAGUGAGAUCGAUUUUUGGGCUUGGGAAGACUUCAACUGUGAAAUCGACUACGACAGAUAAACCAUCCACCAUUUCUUAGUGAUAUAAUUAC